AUGCCCCUUCGACUCCGACAGGCAGUAGCUGGACGACCGAAUUUGCUGUCUACGAGGAAUGUAGGGGUCAUCUCAGCUGGAGAACGGGGUCACGUCGUAUACCCUUCCGGAUCGAAUGUGGUCUUACUAACUCCUGAACUGGAAUUGUCGGAUACUCUACCGUUCUGGUCUGCGUUGCCACACAGGGCGUCCACGUCUAAUCCGGGGGUGGUACUGGGUGUAUGUUGUAGUAAUAUCGAUCACCUAAUCGUUGCAUGGACCGAGGUCCAUGUUGUAUUCUGGCAAUAUCUCUCUAGGAAGAAAGCGGGAAGCUGGAGUGUACAUUCAACGAUAGUAGCAUCUAGCUCAAUUAGCAGUUUGGACUUUAGAGCUGGAACACUUGUGCUCGGUACGAAGAAUGGAAUCGAGUACUGGCGUAUGGACCCUCAGGCCGAGGUGGUCGUAUGGGAUAGGUUAUGGGAAAGAACGUAUCCUACUCCUACGAGUAUAUCUCUAUCACCCUCAUCAGGACAUAUAGCAUGGUUCAAAACAGGUCAAAGAUCAGCUUAUAUCCUAGCGACCGAUCGGAACCGUCAAGCAGUCGGUACGGCUCAGGAGAUCAGACAUCCGAGGGAGAUAGCUUGGAUAAGAUGGAGGAAGCCUACUUCAGGAAGCUCCGAUUCCCACCUUUAUACCAUCACCACUAAUUCUGUGUUUCGAAUUUACUCUCCUGUGCUAGAUGAUCCGUUAUGGUUUCAGCUACUCUCAUCGCUCGAUCACAGAGCAUUCGCAAAAUCCUUCGGUCACCCGGCAGGAAAAGGAAAAGAGCCGGCACACAAUGAUUUUGGGUUGAUGUGGGUAUGGGAUGCCGAGGUUCUGAGGGAAGUUGUAAAAGUAGAAUUGGCAAGGAUGAAGGAGAAACACGUCCAAGUACCGCAAGAAACGAUGAAGAUCAUGGAAGGUCUAGAGUCGGAAGAGAGCGAUAUUAUAGCAUGGACAGGAUCUGAUGGGAAUCUAGUACUACGGUCGAUCAUCAACAUCGAAAGGAAACCGCCAACCUUGCUGAAGACACUUCCUCUCACGAAAUGCAAACUCCCUCCUCUCUCGUCCCCCUCUUCAUGGUCACCUGAAACUCAACUUCUGCAUAUUCCAGGCUCUGUGCCAAGCUUACUUGCGGUGCUUGCCCCCUCAUCCGAAUACCCUUCCAUCACUUCCUAUCGACUGUCGUUAGCUGAUGUACUGUCUUCCCGGUCAUUGGCUAUCACACCGACUUCUCGUUCGAUAUCUGCUGAUGAGGCAGGCCCAGUACAACUUCAACAUCCCAUCAGACGUUUCGCUCGUACACCAAAUGGUCGAGGGCUACUCGCUAUCGGAGACAAUGGCGAGCUAGGCACAUGGUACAAACAGCAAUUAAGUCUUCGACCUGGUAAAUGGCAUCUUGGACCUAGAGCGCUGAUAGGGAAAGGUCAUUGGCAGACACCUACUGUCCCGAGUGAAGCAGCUCUUUUCGCCAAGGGACGAGCUAUAGUUUUCUACACCCAGCCAGCUGAUGGUUCAGCGACAAUCACACUGCAACAUCUUGAUUCUGGAUCCACGAAACCUCGAGAACCGGUGAUUCUACCUCAUUUCAAUCCCUCGGCCGACGAUGAUGUGGAGAUGCUUUUAGCGGUGUCUGAUAUAGAUGACGGAUACAGCGGAGGAAGUCGACGUACGCAACGUGCUAUCAUCACAGCGGCGACUAGGAAUGGUGAAGCAUGGGUGUGGCGUGUGAUAUCAAGGAUAACACCUAAAGAAGGUGAUCUGGAAAACCAACCUGAUGUCCAACUCGUUUCGCAUUACAGAUUACCUCUGACCUCAGAACACGAUGAUCACGAGUGUAAACCCAAAAUGAUCUUACCUGUGGACCCGAUGGGAUGGCAUCAAUCUGUCAUUGACUGGACGACUGAUACCCCUCUGCAAGAUAUGAUCCUGACUAUCUCCACCGAUGGUGAUUUGGAAUUUUGGACACCUAAGAUUGGAGGUCAUUUAGCUGGAGAGAAAGCUGAUAAUGAAGUCAAGCAUGGAGAUGCUGCCUGCGAUCAUGAAGGCACGGGUGGAGUCGAAAAAGGAGACGAAGCUUGGAUCAGGACUAGUACGGUGAGGACGGAAAGAAGUAAUGUUAUAAUGGCUAGAUGCAGUUCAAGGAAGAAGACGGUACUGGUCUGUGAGCUUGAUGACGGACGACAUGAGAUGACUAUAUGGGAUUCGAAAGUCAGCGAAUUUUCGACCGGGUUAGAGCUGACGCAUAUAUUUGAGCAAGGUGACAGGAUUCAGGAUUUGGACUGGACGACUACUUCCGAUCUUCAAUCUGUUCUUGCCGUCGGCUUCGCUCAUAAGGUAGUAUUCGUAUGUGAACAACGGAUGUCAUACGUCGAAACCACACCUGGUUGGGCGCCUUUCCUCACGAUCGACAUGGAACGGUAUACGCCUGUACCGAUCAGCGAUUCGAUUUGGCUGGCCGGAGGGUCAUUGGCUGUAGGAACAGGGAACCAGAUAUACUUGUUUAGUCGAUUCUUAGGUAUAGAAUCUCCAUCUUCAUCACCUGCUGGGUCUAUGAAAAGUGUGGCUUUGGAUGAAGAAGAGCCUGAAGAUAUCUUCCAAUUGAUCGCUCAUAGGAAUGGACCGUUGGUGGAUUAUCAUCCGAUCCAAUUGGGACAAUGUCUUCUUUGGGAUAAAGCCGAUCUAGUCAAGAGCAUCCUUAUGGAGUUGGUAAAAAGCUUAAAGCACUGUGAAGAGGAUGGGAAGAAGAGAAUACGUUUUCAGAGAUUGGACCCAUCAGAAUUCUAUUCUAGGAAGAAAAAAGCUAAGAUCAUCAAAGCAUCAACAAAUAAAUACGAUGGUCUAUUUGAUAGCUUUCAGCCUCCUCCUGAUGACGAAGAAGAUGAGUUUACCGAUAAAAUAGUGAACGAGCUUGUCGAACGGCUGAACGGCAGAGUUGCUCUUCCCUUAUCGACCUCCGAGAAAUCAUUCUUAGCGACGAUGGCUCAAGCAACCUUGGAGGCGGAACAGCAGCGGCGAUCACUCGACCUAUGUGGCAUGCGAUACCUCAUCUCGCUGAGGAUGUAUGUAAACUGGGAUAGACUCUCAUCAUCCAAUACACCCAUGUCAUCUUCCUCAACGAACUUCCCCGAUUUCAUCCAAGCUACAAGAGAUGAGCAGAGGAAGAAUCAUUUCUCGUUCCGUAAUAUAGUGUGGGCAAGUCACAGUGAAAGUCAGGAUUUGUUAUUGUCAGCUUCCAAGGAGACUUGUAAGGAUGGAAAGAUGUCAUGGGAAGAUGCGAGAAGGAUGGGUGUUUUCUUAUGGUUAAAACCUUCUGAAUCAUAUAAAUCACAGCUCGAAGAUAUCUCUCGAAAUCGAUUCAUGCAAGAUGAAGAUCGAGAUCCAACUUCAUGCUCUUUGAUCUUCUUCGCUUUGGGUAAAAAGAAAGUAGUUCACGGUCUCUGGAGACAGGCUCCAGGACAUAAGGAACAAGCAUUGAUGCUGAAAUUCCUAACGAACGAUUUCGAGUUGGACAGAUGGAAAACUGCCGCUAUGAAGAACGCUUAUGCUUUGUUGAGUAAACAAAGAUAUGAGUACGCCGCUGCAUUCUUUAUGCUCGGUGGAUCACCCAAAGAUGCCAUCAACGUCUGUCUACGCCAUUUGAAAGAUUGGCAACUUGGUGUAGCCCUUGCGAGAGUGGUUGAACCGAAUGAGAUGGAAGGCAAACCGAUAGGACCAAUUAUGAGAUGGAUAUUAGAAGAUACGGUUUUACCUAUAGCUUUUAGGGGUGGUCAUAGAUGGUUGGCAAGUUGGGCGUUCUGGACUUUGGGUCGAAGAGAUUUAUCAGUUAGGAUCUUGAUUUCGCCAAUGAAUAUCAUUGCUACCGACUUCUCGCCCGAUAAACCUCUGGAAGUGGGUAAUCCGGACAAUGACGAUCCUUCUUUACUCUUGAUGUUCCAACACCUGAAAUCGAAAUCUCUACAAACUGCAAAAGGUACUAAUGAAGUUUCGACCAAGUUGGAAUACGAUUUCGUAUUACACAAUGCUAGAGUCUUUUUCAGGAUGGGUUGUCAUAACCUCGCGUUGGAUCUUCUGAGAUCAUGGUCCUUUGAAAGACCUUUCUUCCCUUCACGUACCAAGCCCAAAACCCAAAGUAUCGCUCCUCCGACACCUAUAUCCGCCACCACUACUUCCACUUCGCCUGUUCGACCUACCAUAAGCGGAUUGGACACUCUCAUUGUAGGACACAGUAGAAGACCCACGUUCAUGCUGACCAGUGAGAAGAGGAGAGAAUCGUUAUUUAUGGAUUUGGAUGUCCUAGCUGUUGAUCAUAGUAAUGAUACUUCCGCUGUACCUACACCUACGACCAAUACUUCUCAAUCACCUAGUCUUGAUGGAAUCGCGACUGCUCCAAAAGCACAGGACGGCAAAAAGGAGGAAGUAAAGGAUGCAGAUGCAGAGGAGGUAGAGAAAAGUCCCCCGCCACCGAAGAAGAUAGGUAAUUUGAUGAAAGAGUUGAAACAGGAUGUUCAACAGGGAGCAAUGGAGUUUAAUAUGGAUAAUUUCUUUUGA